AUGCAUCCUGCACAGGCUCUGCGGAUCUGCCUCCUGCUCUCCAGCCUCCUGCUCGCCCGGGCUGAGGAGAGCAGCUACCGCUUCGAGAGCAGCACCAACAACAUGGCCAUGAGCAGCCGGGGGGGGUGGCAGGGUUUCACCCGGGGGCUGGUGCUGGAGCGCUGGGUCCGCACCGGCCCGCGUCUGGACGGACCGUGUGAGAAGAGCCAGGGCUGCUGCCAGCGCUGGACCAACACCACCAAUGUCAACCGCAUCUUGGUGGUGGACGAGGACCACGGAUAUCUCAUCACCUGCGGCACCGUGAGGGGCGGCACCUGCGAGGUGCGCCAGCUCAGCAACAUCAGCGAUUCCCAGCAGAACCAGAAGGGCCGAGUGGCCACACUGGACAUGAGGGCCUCCACCCUGGCUCUCCCGGUGCCUAUCGGCAAAUCGACCCACAUGCUGACCGCCGUCACCUCCACGGGCGAGGACAGCAGGUUCAUCCCCGCCGGCUGCAAGGGCGAUGGCAGCUACUACGACAUCAUGGAAACCCGCAUCUUCUUAAGGUCUCUGGAGGCCCAAGUGAACGGGAGCCGCUUCCUCAACUACGAUUCCGAAUCUGGAGAGACGCUCGUAGACCUGCUAACCUCCGAGGAGCACCAAUUCAUGCAGGGUUUCCACCUUAACGGCGCAAUCUACAUCUCAGUCAAUGCAGCCAACAACAAAGUCGUCUUCGCCAAUGUUUCUAGCGUCAGGGAAGGCGUUCUGGUCAGCGUCUCCUGCAGCUUAGCUGGGAGUGGGCCCCUCCAGGUCUUGUCGUCUGCCCUGGUCAGCACCGCCGGCUCCCCGUCCUUCCUGGCCGCUGUGCUCUCUCGCCAGGAACAGCCGCAACACAAUGCGCUCUGCCUCUUCGAGUUGGGGCGCUUCAACGCCGUCAAAAAGGGUCUUACGGCUGAUCGCAAAAUAGCCAUUGCUUCGGACACAAUAGACAGUACGGCGUUAUUUAGUUACUCUGGAUUGUUAUCUGUGUCAGCUACGUUGGAGAGGAACUGGGCUGUCAUAUUCCUUGGAGCAGAAGAUGGACGAUUGAUUAAGCUGGUUCUGGAUGAAAACAUGAAAGUACUUCGGCCGAGUAUUCUGAUUGAACUACAAGAUGAAUCUCCAAUUAAACACAGCAUAAUGUUUGAUAAAAUAGAUCCACAUUACUUCUACCUGUUAACUGAGAGGAUGGUGAGACGGCUGAAGGUGGCAAACUGUAGCCAAUACAGUUCGUGUGAACGUUGUUUGUCGGCACAGGACCCGUACUGUGGAUGGUGUGUGAACGAGGAAAGGUGCUCCUUUAACAGUGAAUGCCAAAAAACAAUUUGGAUAAAGUUCACAGGACAAGCUGACAGUUGUCCAAAAGUUGCCUUUCAACCUUCGGCAAUUGCUGAUAAUUUGGACAAGGCACAGCAUUUUAAAGUGAUAUUAAAAGGGAAUCUUGGCAAUGUAAACAGACAAAAGGGAGAGUGUAUGAUGAGGAACACCAAGACGAAUGAGAUUAUUUGCCAUGCCAAUUACAGCACUUAUUACCUCUGCCAUCUGUCCAGCAAGACCUACCUUCAGCUCAGCAAUCAGAUAGACCCAUUCGUAGAGGCAUCUUUUCAAUUAACGUCCCUGAACAUCACCACCAAGCUGCAUAAUUGUUUUAACAGUCAUGCCUCCCGCGGUAACAGUCCUUAA